GAAGCACUACCAGUUUCAUUGUUAGUGUAGAAGAUCUUUAUGGAGGAAAGGAGACCUCACAAGACAUUCUCGUUUUUGCGAGCACAUCAGUAGCUCGUCAUAAGUUCCUAAAGUUCUAUUCUACCUCCUUUGUCAUUUUGUCCGGAGAGACACUGUUAUCAUCCAUUGAGGAUGGACAGCUCCAAGACUAGACUGUACCCGCCCCGGAUGUGAGGGUGUGUGAGGAGGAGUAUAUAAGAGCAAGCUCACCAGCUCACUUCAUCAGUAUCGAGGAUAUCGAUCAUCAUCAUGUUUUCAUUUUUUGUGACAGUUCUUGUGCUCAUUCAAGUCAUUGCUACUUGUGGUGGUCAAAGUGCGUCAGAUGAGAGAAAUCAGCAGACAUGUGUGCCUGCUGGUGUUUCGGGAGUACCUGGACAAGAUGGAAUGAAAGGAGGAAAAGGAAUGAAGGGAGAGAAAGGAUUAGUUGGAGAUGUCGGUGGUAAAGGUAAUGCUGGACAAAGAGGUCUACAAGGUCCACAUGGUCCACGAGGAAUAAAAGGAGAAACAGGAAGGAAAGGAGAGAAAGGAGACGCUAUGACACUCAACUGGAAACAGUGUGUGUGGAAUAGAUAUGACACUAAGGACAGCGGUCUGAUUCAGAACUGUAAUUUUAGGAAACAUGACAGCAAUUCAGCUCUACAUGUUGCAUAUGCAGGAAAUCUCAGGGUUGCAUGCUCCAGUGGUUAUUGCUGUUCUCGAUGGUAUUUUACAUUCAACGGUAACGAGUGCAGUGGACCUAUGACUAUUGAGGGAAUUGUGUAUGGUUAUCCAGCUAAUGAUAAUGCUCACCGUCACAGACAGAUUGAGGGAUACUGUGAGAACAUUCCAGCAGGUCAAGUCACAAUUCGAUUCUACAUUGGAAAGUGUGGGAAAUUUUCGACCACAUAUGAUGGCUCUACAGGAUGGAAUUCAGUAUCUCGCAUUAUGAUUGCAGAAGUUCCUCCAUCACAAAAGUGACUGAAUUAGAGAGAAAUUAGAACUUGUGUUCAGUAUAGUUUGCAGUACGUACAGUACGAGGUAGCUGAAGUAGGAGGCUGGAUGAUGUGUGUGCAUGUCUCUCUUUGCCGUAUGUGAGUGUUUGUAUGAUUAAUUCAAUGUA